GACACUCAUGGAGGCGUGGCUACGGAAUUGUCCGUGAUCCAUUGAAUCCGGGGGCUCAACGUUGGGGGAUCCGCUGAGAUUAGCCCCGCCCCCUGAGCGGCCGGCGGUGCGGAGGGACAGUGGGGCGAAGCGAUUAACCGGAGCGCAGAGCGGAUGAGGCGCCUUUCUAUGAAUGAGAUCCGGCAAGGGCAGAGCGGGUCAUGCUUUCUGCUGUGACACUUACCCACAAUGCUUUGCUGCUGCCUGAGACUCUGGGGUUUUCCCUUCAGGGGAAUUCUGCAUAGAGGGGCUUCCCUGGGGAGGGGAUGGCGGAAGGUUACACUACAAGCCCCAAGGGCCCCAAUACAAGCCCAAAGGGCCCCAAUACAAGCCCAAAGGGCCCCAAUACUAGCUCAUAGGGCCCCAAUACAAGCCCCAAGGGCCCCAAUACAAGCCCAAAAGGCCCCAAUACAAGCCCAAAGGGCCCCAAUACAAGCCCAAAGGGCCCCAAUACUAGCUCAUAGGGCCCCAAUACAAGCCCCAAGGGCCCCAAUACAAGCCCAUAGGGCCCCAAUACUAGCCAUCACCAGGGUGGCCCUGAUAGGCUGGGCUGUCAGAGAGGCGACUGUAUCUGCCCAAUCAGAAGCAGCCGGGCCCCUGAGACAGGAGCAAGGGCCACAGCCAAUCCCCAGACAGGGACCACCGGGGGCCCUAACCAGGAUUAUAUUCAUUCUCCGUAUGGGGGUGCGCUCUGGGGUGCUUUUCCUCAAGUUUGGGCCCCUGCUCCUGCUGUACCCCCUCACGUUUGUCUCCGCCGGACUCGCAUCUUUGUGGCUGCGGCUUUUGUUAAAGGCCACCGAGACGUCGGGACCGGCCUGCAUCAAACUGGGCCAGUGGGCUAGCACUCGGCGAGACCUUUUCUCCGAAGACUUCUGCAACUUGUUUUCUAAGCUUCACGUUAAGGUGACCCCCCACCCAUGGGAGUACACGGAGCGCUGCUUGCACAGAGCCUUUGGCACCCACUGGAACCGGGUGCUGAGGUUUCACAGCAGAGAGCCCGUGGGGUCCGGCUGCGUGGCCCAGGUAUAUAAAGCCCACGCUGACCUGUCUACUAUUGGUCAGUUUGACCCCCAGGCUUUGACUGACAGCUAUGACCAAGAGAUGACUGGUUACGAGGCCUGGGAGGUGCCAGGGCUGACGGGUAUCCUUGGGUAUCUCUGGGAGUGGAGAAAGAAAGUAGUUCCUUCUGACAGAUCUGGGAGGGCAUCAGAUCAACAGCAACAUCCACAGGAAUCCACUUUGUACCCCGACGGGUCCGACACCCAACAACUCAUUCCUGUGGCUGUAAAAGUCCUACACCCCGGCCUUACCCAGCACGUACGGAUGGACAUUCUCCUCAUGAAGACCUGGAGCCGACUGAUUGGCUGGAUCCCUGGAUUCCGGUGGCUGAGCCUGACGGAGAUGGUGGAGGAGUUUGAGAAGCUGAUGACCCACCAAAUUGACCUGCGGUCCGAAGCCCGGAAUUUGGAGCUGUUCCGGCAAAAGUUCGACAAGGUGGAUUUUAUACGGUUUCCCACCCCCCUCCGGCCGCUUGUCACCCGCAACAUCUUGGUCGAGACCUUCGAGGACGGGGAACCGGUGUCCCUGUACCUGCGAGAGCCGGACGCUGCCCCAAUAAAACAACGGAUCGCUGGCAUGGGGGUAGACAUGUUACUGAAAAUGAUAUUUACAGAUAAUUUCGUCCACGCUGACCUGCACCCCGGGAAUAUACUAGUGCAAGGGGUUCACCAAUACGCCACCGGUGCCGCCGACCAGACCACCCUGGUGGAUAUGUGCGACACGCUUAUUGUAGACGUGCGCCCGGUCCGCUGCCCGCUCCGGCUGGUGGUGCUCGAUGCUGGCAUCGUGGCCCAACUGCAGGAGAAGGACCUGCAGAACCUGAGGGCUGUAUUCACAGCGGUACUGCUGGGGCAGGGCGAGACAGUAGCGGAACUGAUCUUACACCACGCCAGAGCCAAUCAGUGCACAGACGUAGAGGGAUAUAAGAAGGACAUGGCGGAGCUGGUGACAGAGGCCCGGAAGACGACAGUCGCGUUGGGAAAGUUGCAAGUGGCGGUGCUGCUGUCUCGUGUUUUCCAGAUCCUAAUGACGUAUAAGGUUAAGCUGGAGAGCAACUUUGCCUCCGUCAUAUUUGCCGUUAUGGUUCUGGAAGGACUUGGUCGGUCUCUGGAUCCGGAGGUGGACAUUCUGGAGGCAGCACGGCCUCUCCUGUUGAAGAACGCUGCUUCCUUGCUGACCUAGAGCCCAGCCGUGAAACCUAUGGAGAUGUCCUAUCACGGGAUGGAGGCCACGUCUCAGAAUGGGAAAGACAGACAUCGGUGGGAAGAGACCAAACUAAAUGUGGUACCGAGGAUGGAGGUUUUGGCUUCUGGUUCCGGGACGUCGUUGCUACGGGUAUAUGCUCCGGUGCUCCUACUAUUGGUUUGGCUUCGGUUCCCACCUGUGAAGAUUAUGGGGAACCAACCACUUGACUUCCUUGCAAGAAAAGUUCUAGAGUUCUACAAUCCUGUUCAUGAAGAACAGAAAUGUCCUAUGUGCGAAAGCAAAUAUUCAAUGAUUUAUUACCCUGAGAACAGGGUAAACCCCCCCCCCCUGGAUUCCAAAUGGUAUGGUCCACCAGAGACAAGUUAAAGGAGAAGUUCACCUUCACGCUUGUUUUAGUGUUUACACUUCUUUGUGGUCGGUAAUUUCCUUUCUUCCUACAUCUGCCUGGACUUCCAGCCGUGACUUCCUGAAGGGGUUGACCCACGGGGAGGGCAACUGCUGGCAUUUUGGGUGGCCAUGAUAAAAUGGAUCUUUUAUACAAGGGAUCUGGUCGUCCUUGAGGAGGAGGAGGGUCCCCCCUUUGUGCCAAUAUGGGGUGCUGAUGCCUGAAGCACCACAAGGCCUGGAGGAGAACAAAUCACCAAACAGGAUGGAAUGGGAGUACCAAUAUGGCGGCUACUGGCACAGGAAACCCAGUGAGCGCAAUGUGGGAGGGGCCUUAGGUUAUCACAUAUUGAUGGGAAGUCUGGAAUCCAGAAUCAAUCAGAACCCUUCUACUCCCACGUCCUUAUUGUCACUUUUGUGCCCCCCACUAGUCUGACCGAGAAAAGGGAAUGUUAAAUGUAUGACAUAGAGAGUGAUAUUCUGAGACAAUUUGCAAUUGGUCUUCAUUUUUUAUUAUUUGUAGUUUUUUUUUUA